UUAUAUGGGUACAGGAGCGAACUUAUAUCUUCUGUUGAAAUCUGACCAAAUUAACUGUUUGAAUUCAGGCUUCAGAUCAAGUCGGAGACUCCGGAACGAAAACUGCCAUGAUGUGGACAUUCUUCUCUGUGUCUGUCAUGCUUGCCGUCUCCUGGACAGUAAGUGCACAAGGAUUAGACGACCCUUGCACGGUCAUGCCACACGGUCCUGAGAUAACCGAAAAUGGAGGUGUGGUGACUGUGCCUAGUGAGUGUUUGAAGGGCAGAGUGUGGUGGAACUACCCGAGAGGUACAUUAGAGGUGCAGUUCCAUCAACCCAAGCUCUUCACCGUUUGCCUGGAGCCGUCGCUCGGACCUUUUCUCAGUAGUGUCAGCCAGGUCGACGGUAAUGGAAAGGAAAUCAGCAUUAAUCUAAGGCCUGAUGAACUUUCUUGCACUCCAGUGCCCGGAAAGGAUGUCACGAUUCUGAUGAAGCAGCCGGAAUACUUAGUCUACAUGACGCUGUACAAUUUCAAACUUCUAAUCCAGAGUUAGAAAUCUUGGCUGAUACUCAUCUGAAACAGCAAUCGAUUACAAGCUAAUUAAAGUUUGUUUUCGACUAUCA